UCUUCGACGUCUUGCAUUUGUAAUCGCGGCCGGUGACGCUGCGUAAGUGGCCAAGAGAAAGUAAUGGUCGACAGAAGGUUACAUUCUGCUAAGUCCCAUUUGCGAUCCGUAUCUAAACAAAAUGGAACUUAAAGUUGGAAUUAUCGCCAUAGUGUUUGUGAUAUUUACUAUUUUCCCUAUAAACAUCGAAGGAGGCCUAAAGAGAUGUUACGUGUGUAGAUCGAGAGGUGAGAAUGGAAGUUGCAAGGAUCCGUUCACGUUGAAUGCUACACAGGCGGACGAAGAAAAGGGCGUAGAUACGAUCCCUUGCGCUUCCGGUUGGUGUGGGAAAAUCGUGGAGACUGAAAAUGCGUUGAAAGAAGAGUAUGGUGUGGCUACACAAAGGAUAUGCCUGCAACGAGGACCUUCGGACAGCGAGGAUCGCUGCGGACAAACCAAAUGGCAAUACCGUCCAGUUCUGAUGUGCUUCUGUAAAGGAGAUUUAUGCAAUGAUGCGUCCACUGUGUCCUUAUCUGCAAUUCUUCUUGGAAUUGCAUUCUUUACUAUUAGACUGAUUUGAGUGAACUAUUAUAAAUAAAUAGAAUAUACAAUUUACGCGAUUUAU